UACUCGUAGAGUGACUGCUGGACAGCUUCCUCUCUCUCUCUCUCUCUCUCUCUCUCUCUCUACACACAUACACGAACCGCCGCUGCCGCUGCUAUGCCGCCUAUCGCUCGACCCCGCCGCCUCGUCGGCGUCUCGCUGAAGAUGUACUUCGACCUGCCCAGCACGCUCUCCUACAUUCGCGGCGUCUUGCAGCUCGACGGCGACGCCUGGAAUGCGCGCAUAGAUCUCUUCGUUAUCCCCGACUUCGUCUCCCUCACCGAGUCUGCCCGCAUCCUCGAGCCCUCGUCCAUCAUCCUGGGCGCGCAAGAUACCUUUUGGGAAGACAAGGGCGCAUACACAGGCGAGGUCAGUCCACUGGUGCUGCGCCAGGCAGGAGCAAGGAUAGUAGAGAUUGGCCAUGCUGAGCGCAGAGCCGCAUUCGGUGAGACAGACGAGACGGUCGCGAACAAGGCUGGUGCAGCAGCGAGAAACGGCUUGAUACCGCUGGUGUGCAUUGGCGAGAAGACACACCACAGCGUCGCAUCAGCAGCUGUAGGUGCAGCUAUACAAGAAUGUAAACCCCAGGUCAUGUCAGUGCUGGCUGCAGUACCGGACGAUACCGAGGUGAUACUGGCUUACGAGCCUGUGUGGGCCAUUGGCGCAAAGGAGCCCGCUGACCCCGACCAUGUUGUGAAUGUGACAAAAGAGCUUAGGAAGAUGGCUGCUGGUAGGACCGGGACCACGAGGAUUGUCUACGGAGGGAGCGCUGGGCCCGGCACCUUUGCCAAGAUUUCCGAAGGCGUUGACGGCUUGUUCUUGGGUCGGUUUGCGCAUGAUAUCAAGAAUUUGAAGAAGGUUAUUGAAGAGGUGGGCGGGGCUUGAGGGCCUCGGAGCAUCAUCACAUACCGUGCUGAAGCUCUCAGCUUCUUUCUGUGCAUGGAGAAGAAUCACAUUCGGGACGGGGUGACAGACUGAAGGUUACGGCCGGAAGAGAUUACUUAUCUCCUCGGCAUCACCACUGGCUUUGUCAUGUGUACAUGCUAUAUGAAGAGCACGACGUCCGCAGGUACUAUCAUUGGUAUUGGCUACCAAAGUACUCCUUCCCAUCUACUGUGAGAGCACGUCCAAUACUUCUCCAAUCGUCAGCUCUCUUCUCGAGGUUGCAUCGUGCUUGACUGGUGUGGAACGCAUACCUUCCGCCAUCA